AACACCAGACAUAGAAGAGAAAAAAGUGCAAUGAUCCAUUAAACCAAAGGCUUUGCCCUUUCUUAAUUACGUCGUGUCCAGUAUCAUUUCUUUUUUUUUUUCUUCCUCUCGUCAUUUUUUUUUAGACAUAUUUGAAGUGGUAAUUAGCUCUUGGAGAAUAAAACCAGCUGAUUUGGGGAGGGCCAGUGCAUUUUGGGGCGAGAUGGCAAGCAGAAGGGUUUCGUUGCUCCUUCUCGGAUUCUUCCUCACCACGCAGCUGAGUCCUUCGCUACAAGGAGGGGUGUAUGUUCCUCAGGGUGGUGUUGGAGGAGGACCAGGAGGUGCUGGAGUGUUACCAGGUGCUGGACUUUACCCAGGUGCUGGUGCGUUCCCAUACCAACAAGCAAAAAAUUCAGGUGGAUAUGGAGGGGCUGGUGGGGCUUUGGGCACAGGUGCGCAGACAGGUGGUUUCGGGACUGGAGGUUAUGGAACUGGAGCUGGUGGAAAACCUCCUAAACCAGGUGGUUAUGGGGCUUAUGGUGCUUAUGGUGGUGCUGGUCGAUUCUACCCAGCGGCUGGAGGCCUGAAACCUGCUAAAUCAGGCUUUGGAGGAGGUCUGCCAGGAGGUGGUCUACCAGGAGGAGGUCUACCUGGAGGAGGUCUCCCUGGAGGUGCAGGUGGAAAGCCCCCUAAAGGAGGCCCGGGUGUAGGAGGAGCUGGUACUGGUCUUCCAGUCAUUCCUCAAACUGGUGUACAAGGACUGGGCCCUGGUGGGGUCGGACCUGGGGGGAAAGCUGCAAAGGCCGGAAAAGCUCCAGUGCCAGGAGUGGGAGUGCCUGGACCAUAUCAAGGAGGACUUGUCCCUGGACAAGGCUUCAAUGGGCGGGGAGUUCUUCCUGGGAUCGCCACAGGGAAUGGACUCAAACCCAAAUCAGCUGCUGCUGGAGGCCAAGGACUGGUACCAGGUGGUGGAGGCCGUGGACCAUAUGGUGGACCACUGCAGCAAGGAUUAUUUCAUGGAUACCCCCUCAAAUCUCCCAAAUCCCCAGGUGUUGGGUCUCCAUACUCUAGUGGAAAACUUCCAUAUGGUUACGGGGGCUUUGGUGGUGGCAUGGGCCUCCCUGGUGGGAAAGGAGGAGCUGGCUCCAAGCCUGGUUAUCCCACAGGGACUGGUAUGGGGUCUCUAGGGGUCUCUGCUGCACAGGCCAAAGCUGCUAAAUAUGGGGCUGGUGCUGGUUUAGGUGGUGUUGGAGCUUAUCCAGGUGGUGCUGGUGGACUUUACCCUGGGGCAGGAGGUACUGGAGCUGGUUUAGGUGGUGUUGGAGCUUAUCCAGGUGGUGCUGGUGGACUUUACCCUGGGGCAGGAAGUGCUGGAGCUGGUUUAGGUGGUGUUGGAGCUUGGCCAGGUGGUGCUGGUGGACUUUACCCUGGGGCAGGAGGUACAGGUGGACUCUUUCCUGGAGCAGGGGGUACUGGUGCACUCUCCCCUGCUCAGGCCAAAGCUGCUAAAUAUGGUGUUGCAGCAGUACCUGGUGGAGCUGGACUUGUUCCUGGUGGAGCUGGGCUUGUUCCUGGUGGAGCUGGACUUGUUCCGGGUGGAUCUGGGCUUGUUCCAGGAGCUGGAGGAUUCUACCCUGGAGCAGGAGGAACUGGUGCACUCUCCCCUGCUCAGGCCAAAGCUGCUAAAUAUGGUGUUGCAGCAGUACCUGGUGGAGCUGGACUUGUUCCUGGUGGAGCUGGGCUUGUUCCGGGUGGAUCUGGGCUUGUUCCAGGAGCUGGAGGAUUCUACCCUGGAGCAGGAGGUACUGGUGCACUCUCCCCUGCUCAGGCCAAAGCUGCUAAAUAUGGUGUUGCAGCAGUACCUGGUGGAGCUGGACGUGUUCCUGGUGGAGCUGGGCUUGUUCCUGGUGGAGCUGGGCUUGUUCCGGGUGGAUCUGGGCUUGUUCCAGGAGCUGGAGGAUUCUACCCUGAAGCAGGAGGUACUGGUGCACUCUCCCCUGCUCAGGCCAAAGCUGCUAAAUAUGGUGUUGCAGCAGUACCUGGUGGAGCUGGACGUGUUCCUGGUGGAGCUGGGCUUGUUCCUGGUGGAGCUGGACUUGUUCCGGGUGGAUCUGGGCUUGUUCCAGGAGCUGGAGGAGUCUACCCUGGAGCAGGAGGUACUGGUGCACUCUCCCCUGCUCAGGCCAAAGCUGCUAAAUAUGGUGUUGCAGCAGUACCUGGUGGAGCUGGGCUUGUUCCUGGUGGAGCUGGGCUUGUUCCAGGAGCUGGAGGAGUCUACCCUGGAGCAGGAGGUCUUACACCUGCUCAAGCUAAAGCAGCUAAGUACGGUUUGAGUGCAGCAGGUGGAGCUGGUGCUGGCGGACUGUACCCAGGAACAGGAGGAGUACCAGGAGGGGCUGGUGUUAUCCCAGGCUAUGGUUCAGUUACAGGGAUUGGAGGACUUCCUGGAACUGUUCCAGGGACAGGAGGAAUCGGAGCUGGCGCGAAACCUCCUAAAUAUGGAGUGCCUGGAGGUGCAGGGGUACCAGGAGGAGUUCCAGGAGGAGUUCCAGGAGGAGUUCCAGGAGGAGUACCAGGAGGGGUACCAGGUGGAGUACCAGGGUAUCCCGGUGGUGCUAAGGCUCUUAAAUACGGUUUUGGUGCUGUAGCUGGUGUACCAGGAGGAGUUCCUGGUGCUGUGCCUGGACAGCGACCUGGUUGGGGCGGAGUGAGUGGAGUCCCAGGUGGAGUAGGAACAGGAACAGGAUAUCCAUUUGGAGGAUAUGGGACCGGGGCAAAACCACCUAAAUACGGUGUCCCAGGUGGUGUCCCAGGUGGUGUUCCAGGUGGUGUCCCAGGUGGUGUUCCAGGUGGAGUACCUGGAGGUGUACCUGGCGGUGUUCCUGGUGGUUUCCCUGGAGGGUACCCCGCAGGAGUUAAACCCCCUAAAUAUGGAGUCCCAGGAGGAGCAGGGAUACUACCUGGAGCAGGGACAGUACCUGGAGCAGGAGGAGUACUAGUGCCUGGAACUGGGACAGGAGCUGGGGUUGGAGGAUAUCCUGGUGGUGUCAAACCUCCGAAAACUGGUGCUGGGAUCACUGGAACUGGUGUAGCAGUUCCUGGUGCAACACCUGGUGGUGAUGUGGUGGUUGUACCAGGUGGGACAGGGAUUGGCGUUCCUGGUGGUACUGGGGUUCCAUUUGCACCAAGUGGGAAACCAGCAAAGCUCCCAACCUUGGCUCCUGCUGGGACUGCGGUACCAGGACCGACGGCUAUUGUAGCAACUGGCAAGGCCCCUAAGCUCAGUGCGACAGGAGUUGGUCAAGGUGGUGGGCAAAGAGUGCCUACAGCUGGAGGGUCUAAACCUGGAGCUGGUCCUGGUUUGGUUUACCCCUAUGGAUAUGGUCCAUAUUACGGUGGCGCUGGACCAACUGGAGUUGGAACAGGUGUGUUACCUGGAGCCAAACCUCUGAAAGCUCCCGGUGUUGGUGGUGUAGGAGGAGUUGGAGGGGUAGGAGCUGUUCCUGGACUCACACCUGGAGCAGGUGCGGGGAUUCCAGCAGGUGUGGGUUUAGGAGCUGGUGCUAAACCACCCAAACCAGGCUACGGCUCUUUGGGUACAGGAUAUGGACAGCCAGGUGGUGUAGUUCCAGGUGGAUAUGGAGGGUACCCACAAGCAUAUCCAGGUGGAUAUGGUGCUGGACUUUCACCACAACAAGCUAAAGCAGCUAAAUAUGCAGAUGGACUGUCGGGAUUUCUUGGAGGAGGUUAUCGAGGUGGAGCCGGCUGCCAGGGCAAAUACUGCGGAAAAAGAAGAAAAUAAAAAUGUCUUGAGAUGUGAAGUGACCUCAAGAAACAUGGUGCUACUGCAUGCUCCAGAAUGUACUUUAUUCCAACAGCAGUCCCAACAUGCACAAAUGUUAUGUUCUGUACUGAUAGGAAAUAUUUUAGCAAAUCCAGAGCGCUGUACGCUUGUGUUUUUAUGACAAUAAUUCCAAUCCUGAUCGUUAAUGGCACAUUCCAUGACGUUACUGUUUCUUAUUGUACACCUCUUCAUUUUGGACAUUUCUGCGAUCAUUCGAAAUUCUUCUGUUCAGUUAUAUUGAUAAUUAAGGACUCUUAGAGUCGUGGCGUUUCUAGCCCGUACAACAUCUGUUACUGUCUUUGCCAACACAUUCAAGGAACAUGUUGAAGUGAAAGGGUCCUGUCGUACUGCUGAUUACACUUUGAGGUUACAGAUUUCAAUUGUGGCCGAGCUCCAGCUUAGCGGUUUGUCUGUUAUUUUUAACGUUUAGAGAGACCGCAUCGACUUUCUGUCUGUGCAGAUGGCUGCUUCAUAUACAAUCGUCAAUGGGUGAAACGCAUCGAAAUAUUUUGGGUCAUAUUUCACCUUAAAAAGCUGAAAAUAUAUUUUGAAUAAAGCAAAUGAUGCUAAUGCAGUCGUAAUGCAUUGGAACAUUUACAAUAUUUGUUCAUGACAGUUGAGCACAUUUCAACCUCAAAUUCUCAUUACUGUGCUGUUUUUCAUUAUUCUCAGCAGUGAUUAUUUUACUGUAUAACAGUAAAACAAAUACUGUAAUCAGCAUAAAUUAAACAGGCUUUUUUUGCAUACUGGUAAUGAGAAUUGGGGGUUAAAUGUCACAAAAAUAGUGUAGCAAUGCAAAAAAUCGUAAUGGUCUUUAAGCCAAAUGUUCUUUAUACAAAAUAUAUAUAUUUAUCAUAUUGGGGAAAUAUGACCAGGACAGUUUUUGCUAAAUUAUUUCCCAUCAUAAAUGAGUCUAGGUGAUUUAAGCUGUCAUUAAGCAUCUUUUUGCAUUGUCUGGUCUAUGGGUGAACCUCACAAUACAUGCAAACAAACAUGAACAAAAUAAUAUUUUGCAUAAAGGAAAUGUAGCCUAUUUUAGGAUGGGGGGUUUCCAGCACAAAUUUCUUUUGCAAUUAUUUUAAUAUAAUACUACAAUUUUACUGUAUUAUAGUAGAAAUACUGUAAUAAAGUGAUUUUUUACAUUUAAAUAAGCUUCAAUUAAAGGAAGUGUGAAUACUAUAUUGAUGUAUAAAUACUUUAGAAUCGAAUAAUAUGUUGUUGUUGUUUUUGCUUUAAAGAAUUACAAUAAGUUUUGCAUGACUUUUAUGAGAUUCGUGUAAAAAAUGGUGUAAAAAAAAAAACAGGCUUCAUUUUCUUCAUCCAAAAUAUAAUUUGUUCUUGUUUUCUUUUGAUUUCGGUGCAGACAUGACAUGUUUUUGACAGGUUGUGUGAGUUUCACCCUUCAUAAAUGAGCCUAAUUAUCAUAAAGCAUCUUUCUUCAUUGAGUAUCUUAGAUUUGUCUCUAAAAUCAUUGACUUUAAAUCCCUAAAAUCCUCAACAAAUGGCAGCUGAACGUCAACUAUUGGACCACUGACAGCGACUGCUCGCAGCUCCAUCUCAACAUUCAUUCUUGCAAACUGUGUUAUGUAUGAAGAGCUUUGCUCUGAUUAUGCCAAUAACAAGCAGACCUGAAUGACAGCUUCAUUGUGUUGGUUAUAUCUAACAUCGCAACGUAGAAAACUGUGUAAAAUUGUAAUCGUAGUUCUGACUUGUACAUUAUGUAUGUUUGAACCUGGAAAAUGAAAAAGAUGUGCAUGUUGUUCCCUGGACCGGGGGACGAGGUGCUUCCAUAAUUGACCAAGAAUGUGUUUCUUUAAUCGUUGUAUAUUCAUAUAGAAUUAGUAUAUAAACAUAUAAAUAUAUAUCAUAUGCUUACAGUAGAUUGGAUCAUUUAACAACAGGUUACUUUGCCAUAUGUUGUUCGUUUUGCACCUUUUAAACUUGACAUUUUGACCAAUCAUCAAGUUUGUACACGUCAUAUCACAAUACCAUUUUUUUGUGUGCUUUAAAUAGCUUAUACAUUUGGAUCUUGCAAAACUGUAUGAGUUGUUUUAAUAAGAUGUGAGGUGUCUGUGAUGGUAUGUGUGUAUGUAGGUUAUGUAUGUAUGCAAUACCCCCUAAAGUGUGUUCAAAAUCACGUGUUCAUUUUCCCCCCAGAAAAAGCCUCACUAGCUGAUGGAUACCAAAUAUGAAAUGUCACAUUUUCAUAAUAUUGGGUUAUACGGUUUUCCAAUUCACAUGGAGAGAAACGUUAUCAUGUCUUAUUGUACCUGGUACUGUUUUUGAUAUACCUGUGAGCCCUAACAGGUCCUGUCUAUUAUUGUGCCAUAGGAUUUCCAUCUUAUUUAAAUUAAGGGGCGGGGCUAAUGCACUUUUUCCACGAACGACAUUUUGACUAGUUCAUGGAAAUCCCGGCAUAUUACCUGCUCUAGUGAAAACGAAAUAAAAUAUUUUAAAUAAAAAUAA